GCCUUUUCUAGGAAACUCCAGCCUAAGCAAUGCAGAGUUGAAAUGUAGGUGUAGCCUAAUUUGAAUGUGUCCAUCAAAAAGAGGGCGGGUAUAGUAGGCGGAGCGUAAAGCAGGGAAGAUUUCAGCUGCUGUUGGGGGGCGCCAGUAACAGUUUCUUCUUGGUCUUUCUUUUGGAAGGAAAUAUCAGAGUGCAUGGACAAAUGUUCUAAGCCCUGGGACAUAGGAAUAAAGCAGAAGAGGACCUUGCCCUCAUAGACCUUACAGUCUAAUAGCAGGUGUUUGCUGAAGGCAGUUUACUCAGAUCACUAUCACCUGGAAGUGGUUGAUAUAUCCUGGUACAAACCUUCAAGGAAGAAGCAACACGACAAUAUGGACCAGCAACUGAAGAAAAAGGUAAAGACUUGUGGCUGGAAAGGCUUGGGUAGAAGAGCCUUCAGUGGGGAUAAACCAAAGCCAUCCAAGCCACGGCCAGCCCAACAAGAACCUUUUGACAUGCCAUGGGCCUUAGAAGAUGAAGGUGUAUUCUUUGAAAGUAGCCACCUAGUUGUUGGAGAAGAUUCCUUCUCUGAUUGUUACAUAGAAUGCAUAAUAAGAGGUGAGUUUUCUGAACCCAUCCUGGAAGAAGACUCACUGAAGUCCCUUAACUACCAGGAAGAAGAAUCAGAACAAGAGCUUUCUCAACAGGUUCUUACUGCAAGCUCGCUUCUGGGGAAAUCCUUGAAAUGUGUGCAAAAAGGGGCAAAACAAGAACUUUCUCAGCAGACUGGAGAGAAUUCACAGCUUGAGUAUUCAGAGUAUGAGACAGGCAAGAAGCUUUCUCCUGGAGGAAUACCCAGCACUGAUGUAUCAGAUCCUAAACAGUUUGCAGAAUUUGCUAGAAAGAAGCCCACAAAAAAUAAGGAAUAUGAUGCUCCAGAAAGAAUUGUUUGUCCUCACAGUGGAUGCACAAAAAAGUUAAAGAAUAGAGCUUCCCUGAGAAGGCAUCUCCUCGUUCAUGCUCCCCGAGAUCAUGUAUGUGCAGAAUGUGGGAAAGCAUUCAAUGAGAGUGCAAAACUAAAAAGACAUUUUCUGGUUCAUACUGGAGAGAGGCCAUUUCGGUGUACUUUUGAAGGGUGCGGAAAACGUUUUUCCCUGGACUAUAAUUUGCGUACCCACGUACGUAUCCAUACUGGGGAGAAACGUUUUGUGUGUCCCUUUGAAAGCUGUCAUAAGAGGUUUGUCCAGUCAAAUAACCUGAAAGUUCAUAUGUUAACUCAUGCAAAGACCAACAAAAAUCCGUGAAAGAGAAGAUAGAAAAUAAUCCUUAAACAAGAUGAGCAUAUUAACAAAAUAGUGAUUUGGGGACAUAUGUACCUUAUUACUAUCUCCCAAAAGGAACUUUUUCAAGCAAUUACAACCCUACAUGGUAUAUAUUUUUUUAAUGUUACUACAAUGCUCCUAAAACUUAUGGUAUCAUUUUAGAACAUUUUAGAGCAUUUGCUAAAUGCUCAAUUUCCAACAGUGUAUUUCUAAUGGGAAGACCAGUAAUUAAUUUACUUCAAAAGCAUAAUCCUUAAUACAUUAUGAAUUGGAUUGCUAGAUUUUCAUAGGCUAUAAGUACGAAAUUAACUUUUUAAAGUGUGUAGUUGCGAAUUGUUUAGCUUUUGCCUUUUAGGAAUAAACUUCAUGCUACGUGUGAUAAUCAUAGAGAAUGAAAAUUUUGCUGUAGAUUGUCAAUAAGUAAAUGAGUAGUUAAACAUUUUUAAAAGAUAAAUAUUUUUUCAUCCUUUUUUAUCAUUGUAUGAAACUAUACUGAAAUCAUGUAGUUAGAUUUGAAUAGUUAUUUGGUAGUAUCAAUUCAUUUGAGUCCAUUUUAGGUAUUUUAAAAGGAAAUAAAACUCCAGAGAUGCUAAAUCUGGAUUAAAAAAAAAUCAGAGAAGUGUGCCUUGAAAAGAGAUACCAG